UCCUUUCCUUCCCCUUUGCUAGGUAAGAGACCAGCACCCUGCUAAGAUAAGGCCAGUCCAGCUGAGUCAGCUGAGCCCAGUGCAGCAGAGUCCCAGGGAGCCGAACCCAGCUGAGCAAAGCCCGGCCAUCGCGGAGCAAGGUGUGGAAUACCCAUGGUUCUGGUGGCACAGGAGCUGCCUCUCGUGUGCCUGAUGCUGCUCCUGCUCCGCAGAGAGCCGGGUGUGGAUGCCCAGGCGGGUCAGGACUUCACUGUGCAGCAGCCCCAGGCCAAGGUGACGGUGACAGUGGGGGAGACGCUCACCCUGGACUGCAUCACGUCUGGAGAUGCUGGACCGGGUCCUGUGAUGUGGCUGAAAGGCUGGGGCAGUGGGAGCAAGACUGUCUAUGACCCCAAUAUCGAGGAUCCCUCCUCCCGUGUGACGAGAGCAGUGAAUGGGUCUGACACAAACUUCACCAUCCACAUCAGGAAUGUCCAGCCUGAGGACAUGGGCACCUACUACUGUGUGAAGUUUGUCAAGGGGAUGACUGGUGCUGAUGAGUUCUUUGGGCGUGGCAGUGGCACCGAGGUGACUGUGCAAGCCAAACCCAGCCCCCCGCUCGUGUCCGGGCCUGAGCAGAGAGCGAGGCCGGAUAAGUCGGUGCCUUUCACCUGCACGACUGGAGGGUUCUUUCCUGACAAGAUUGACGUGAAAUGGUCCAAGAACGGCAACCCCAUGACGGCUCAGCCACCCCAGGUCACUCAGUCAAGGAUGAAAACCUACAACAUGUCCAGCACAGUGCAGGUGACCCUGCAGAAGGACGAUGCCCGCUCACAGAUCACCUGUGAGGUGACGCACCCCACACUGCCGGCCCCGCUGCAAGGGAGCUUCCAGCUCAGCAGGGUGCUGAGAGUUCCCCCCAGUGUCGAAGUGCGCGCUGAGCCGAGCCCCGCUGAGGUGAAUAAGACCGUGGCCUUCACCUGCCUCCUGAAGGAGUUUUACCCAGCUAAAGUGUCCAUUUCCUGGCUGGAGAAUGGGAUUAGGAUAAAGGGGCAGAACCUCUCUGGGCCACUGGAGGUGUCCCGGGGCUUGUUUGAGCUGAGAAGCCGGGUGGAGGUGCAAGCGACAGAAGAGAAAAACGGGUCCACGAUCACCUGCAGGGUGGUGCACGAUGGCCAGGCCCCUGCCAACGACUCAGCCGUCCUGUGGAUCUCCAACACGGCCCAGGGUGCGAACGUUCUGUCCAGCCUCCUCCUCCUGUCGAUGGGUGUCCUGCUGGAGAAGGGGCUCCUCGGGGGUCUCCUCUUCUUCCUCUUCAAGCGCAUGAAUAGAAAAGCAUCAGAGAUGUUGCCCUACCCUGCUGCACCUCAGUCCCCAGCUCCUGCAGUCGGGUCCCAGGGCUUGGCCACUGUCAGCAGUGAUUUGUGAACCUGGAAAUAAACGAGCCAGCAUGCACAGGC